UCUUUGUUUGUCAAUAUGGAUGAGAGCUCACACAUUAAAGGAAAAGUCUGUGUUACUGGGGCCUCUGGUUUCCUUGCUUCUUGGCUCAUUAAGCAGCUCCCUAAGUCAGGAUAUCAUGUCAUAGGAACAGUUAGAGAUCCAGAAAACUACAGGAAAUUAUCCCAUCUUUGGGAAUUGGAAGGAGCAAAGGAAAGGCUCCAGUUAGUAAAGGCAAAUCUGCUAGAGGAAGGAAGCUUUGAUGAAGCUGUUUUAGGAUGUCAGGGUGUGUUUCACACCGCUUCUCCUGUGUUUGGACCCCAACAUGGCUCUCAGUCUGAAAUAAUGGAUUCUGCAGUCAAUGGUACUUUGAAUGUGUUAAGAUCAUGCAAAAGGAAUCCAUCACUCAGAAGGGUUGUACUAACAUCAUCAUCAUCAGCAGUAAGGGUGAAAGAAAAAAUUGAUCCAAACUAUCCAUUGGAUGAAUCUUCAUGGAGUUCUGUGGAACUCUGUGAAAGGUUAAAGUUAUGGUACGCACUUGCAAAGAUUUUGGCCGAGAGAAUAGCAUGGGAAUUCGCUAAGGAAAAUGAUAUAGACCUUGUAACUGUUCUUCCCUCAUUCAUUAUAGGCCCCAAUUUGCCUAAUGAUUUGUCCCUAACUGCAUCAAAUGUCUUAGGCUUCCUUAGAGGGGAAACUAAGGAGUUUUCAUUGUAUGGUAGAAUGGGAUAUGUUCAUAUUGAUGAUGUAGCUCGCUGCCAUAUCAUAGUUUAUGAAGAUUUAGCUGCAAAAGGAAGGUAUAUUUGCAGCUCAGUUGUGCUUGAUAAUAAUGAACUUGGAGCUCUUGUUGCCAAACGUUAUCCAUGGCUUCCAAUCCCUACAAGGUUUGAUGACUACUAUGAUGGUAAGAUAACUCAAUACACCUUCAAUACAUCCAAGCUACACAAUAUGGGAUUCAAGUUUAAAGGAAUAGAAGAGAUGUUUGAUGAUUAUAUACAAUCACUCAAGGACAAAGGUUCUGACAUCUAAAAACUAAGUUGUGAUUUGGUCUAGGUGUAUUAUUCUAUGAGCUUUCUUUACUUACCUUUGUUCUGUUCAUGAGAAGAUUUCCUACAAAUAAAAUCUCAACUGUUCAAUUAAUGCACUGUAUGCACAUGUAGCAUUAUUUGUUUCAGUGAGCUUAGAAGCUAA